AUGCUUCUCCAUAUUUUGCGAUGUAGUAAAAUGACAACCUUUUGCCCGAUUAGGAAAGCGUACGAGUGGCAUGUUUCUCCCACGUUUAAACCUAAUAUUGAAUGGAGAAAAGCGGAUGGUAAGACGCGCUGGUAUAGGACUACCUUAACGGUAUCAAGUCUUGAAUACAUCUACACGUGGCUACAAAGAGUGAUGCAAUGA